AUAGCAGGCGCAAGACGCACGUUUUCUAUGAAAAGGGAAGCGCCAAAUGGUGCCGGUGCCAUUCUCGAAAAACCCUUCGAAAACGACGUUCCGGCACUCAGAACUUCGCCUCACGAUGAAUUCCUGCAGCCUGAAGAUGAUCACCGUCAUCGUGUCCGCCCUCGUCUUGGCCCUCCACUACCAGGAGACCGAAGCCAAACGUGGCUGCGCCAAUUUCGGCCAUUCCUGCUACGGCGGAAUGGGAAAAAGAGAUGGCGGAAUGAUGGAAAUCGAGGAUACUGGAAAAUUGGAGGAGAAUCCGGCCCUGAUCUUCGCCGGAUCUCGCGGCGAUUACAGACCAGAGCGGGAGGUCUACGUUUCGCCGUUCAUGAGGCAACUGUUGAGGAAUCUGCGUACGGCCCAACAACAGCUUCAGCAACGCGACGUCUUCGACGAGAAGUAAAUCUCUAACAAAAAGAGAGAGUAAUUAAAUAAAAACCGAUUAUAUUAAUAUUAAAGUUUAGACGUAAAUUGAGGUGUAAAGUAUAAAUGUAUUCGCAUUGUGUAGACUAAUUAAGUUACGAUUGUUUAGAGUUUAAAAAACAUAAAUAUAUAUUAAGAAGAAAAUGAAGUAUAAUAAAGAAAAACUAUAGUAAUAAUAAAGUUGCAAAUUUUCGUUUUGGCUGGAAAAA